CCAAUCCCAAUCCCAAUCCCAAUCCCAAUCCCAAUCCCAAUCCCAAUCCCAAUCCCAAUCCCAAUCCCAAUCCCAAUCCCAAUCUCAAUUCCAAUCCCAAUCCCAAUUCCAAUCCCAAUCCCAAUCCCAAUCCCAAUCCCACUCCCACUCCCACUCCCACUCUUCCAAUCCCAAUCGAGUUACAAUUCCAAUUUCAAUCCGAAUUUUAAUCUUAAUUCCAAUCCAGAUUCCAAUGCUAAUUCCAAUUCAAAUCCAAGUUCCAUUCCUAACUCCAAUCCUUAUCCUAAUCCCAAUCCCUAUCUCAUUUCUAUCCACAGUCUUAAUCUUAAUCCCGAUUUCAAUUCCAGUGCCAUCUUCAAUGCCUAUUCCAACCCCAAUCCCAAUUUUAAUUUGACAAUUUCAAUCCCAAUUCUAACCCCAAUUCCAAUCUUAAUUCCAAUCUUAAUUCCAAUUCCAAUUCAUAUCCAAAUUCUUAUUCCAAUCCCAAUUCAAAUCUCAAUUCUAACCGCAAUCGCUUUCCAAUCGAAUCUCAAUCCAAUUCCAAUCUUUGUUUCAAUUCUAAUCCCAGUUUUAAUCUCAAUCUCGAAUUGUAAUCAAUCAAAAGCACCCCUGAGUGCCAAUCCUGUGCGAACGGGAGCGUACAAACGAGAAUCGUCAUCGCAUCCUCCUGGCUGCCCGACUCAACCAGCCCAGCUCUGGCCCCGGCCCGAAGAUCCACCGAACAUUGAAAAGCUGUCCUCCAUCAAAGCUGGAAAUCUGCGCCAGAUAACUGCUGUCCCCUUUGCCGCCGUCGAAAUCGAACCGUGA